CUACAACCUGCUCUAUUUUCAUUUCACACUUUCUGUAGUGACUUUCAGGUUCUCUCUAUUUCUUUCAAUUAUCACUUCAGCCAUUGUUCUCUUUUACAGAAUUUUUGUAGAAGACAUUCCAGGAUAUUAUUUAUUGUAUUGCUAUUAUUAUUUUCUUGGGUUCCCAGUGGAACAUGGGACUUCAACAACACAUCUCCACUUCUUUCUAUUUUCUGCUAUCCUCUUCAUCUGAGUCCACGACUGACCAUAGUCUCUCAUUUCCUCCUCGAACGAUCUCCUGCACGUCACCCUCGUACCGAUGACCAACUCGUCACUUCUCAUUCGGAUUACACUCUAGCAAUGGCCUGUAUUAAGUGCUAUGUCAUUCGACGGCCUCAUUAAUCAGUCUAAACUGAAAGUCCCUGAAGUAUCCUAGAUAAAAUGGAUCAGUUUCGUCGUUGACGAAAGCUUCGCAAUUAAAACAACCAGCUCAGAGAGCAUAACUAAUUCCAAAUUAUCCACUUGAGCUACAAAUCUUUUCUAUUUAUAAGGUAAGUAUCGAUUUAGGCUUUUAUGUUUAUUUUACAAACACGGUUCCACUAGUGUACAUAUGAACUCAGUGUAAGAAACUGACGUAGAGGGUUCAGCUGUGGUAUUUUAACUGUAAGGUGUUCUCAAAGGUUAGUACUCAAAGUACUUUGGUAAGAUAUAGUAUACUGAAAUAGGGUUCCUCUUCAACCAAUCAAAACAAAUGGACCAAUUUAUGUUAUAAACGUUUAAAAGACUUUUGGUCUUCUCAUCACCUAAUUCUUCGAAUAGUUCUUAUUUGUUUGUUUGGUAUUUGAAAUACUGGAUGGCUACUGAGAUAAUAUAUUCCGAAUGAGUUCUGAUGUAUACAGGGUACGAUAUUCAGUGUGUAUAUAUCAACACCACAAGAUGUCCAUGUGAUGUGUUAUGAGGCAAAAUAUUUGAAAAUGUACGCUAAACAAGAUACGCUUUAAUUAGUUGAUUCAAGGUAUUUGAGUUAGGCUUCAUUUGCAAGACAACCUAGACGAGAUCUCAUUUGAAGUUUUACACUGCUUUUCACUUGAUCUUAAAAGGCUUAAUUGAAAUAUAUAUAUGUCACUGUACUGUCAGCUUGUAUAGUGUAGACGUAUUUAUUCUGUGUAGUGCUCUCGAAUGCUACUCAAAUGAGUUUAAUAACAGUUUUUUGUCAUUCCUUUGUUGGAAGUGAAAUGUAAAGUUUCAUGCUUCUAAGUUUCAGUGGCAAUUGUGUUGUUUUUAAAGGGGCAUAGUUACCAACCUCACUCCCAAUCUUCCCUUGUUUUCAGGUUUACUAGGUGAGGUUUAGGGGUAUAUUGGCAGUAAACCUGGACUUCCACGAUGACUGGUGGAAAUUCUAUCGUAAUACCACUAGACCGCUGUUUUGAGGUGAGGUUUAAUGGACCUCUUUCAAAGGUUGGAAAUGACUUCAGGGAAUCUCUAAAUGAACAAAUACCUGUACGAAUUGGCCUAAAUGGAACUCAGGGUGCUUCUAUCAACCGUUGCUGUGUCAAUUGUCCACAAGUGGCAACUAAACAGAGUGUGUGAUGGAAUUUCACGUUUGGAGAAGCAUUUUCCUGUUUAGAGGCCAUCUAUUUCUACUGUAAAGACAUGUGUGGUUAGAAUCUUUAAAAAAUGAAACAACGAGAAUUUAUCAGUCUAAAGAGUUACGCACUUACACAUUUGUCACCUGUCGCCUAGUCCUCAACAGUUCUCCAGUUAAUCUAUACAUAUAGAUAGGAUGUUUUGCCUAUGGUUACUUAUUUAUUGAUUUUGGAUCCGAAAAAUGCUGUACAGUGUUUUGAUAAUUUUAU